AUGGCGAGCCCCCAACAUGGCGAGGACGGCCGCGUCGACCCAAACUUAGUAGACUUUGACGACUAUGGCGACGCGGACCCGCAAGGCGCUGCGGACGCAGGAGGCGGAGGUAACGACAACGAUCACGGUAACGGUAACGAUAACGACGACGACGCGUACUACGAUGCGCGGCUCUUUGAGGACGAGGAGCCCGACGAGCGCGGCGGCAGGCGGCUCGUGAAAAAAGGCGGCGGCGGGGGGAGGGAAGACGAGGAGGAGCGGUGGGAAGAGGACGAGGGCGGAGAAGGAGUGGGGGGAGCGGACCCGUGGGACCGGAGGGAUAGGGGGAAAGGGGGGAAGCGGAAGAAGGGUAAGGAGGGGCGGAAAUCGGGGGGGAGGCUGACAAAGGUGAAGAGGCCACGAGGGGGUGAAGAGUGGGGCGGCGGCGGAGGCGGGGGAGGGUAUGAGGAAGGCGGGAGAGAGACGUGGGACCAAGGGCCGGCGAAUUCCGAGGAGGACGUGGAGGGCGCGCGCACGGGCGAGGACGACGCGUUUAUCGACGACGCAGGCGUGUAUCCGGACGACAGGCAUGCGAUGGGGUACGACGAGUACGACGACCAGCGCAUCUCGCACGCGCCGCAGGCGGAGGAGGAGGACGAGGUGGGGCGGCUGUUCAAGGGAGGGAAGAAGCGGCGCAACGAGAUGAGCGACGGCGAGAAGGCGCUGUUUGUGGAGGAGUUCCACGCCAAGAUGCUCAAGGCCGCCGAGGACGACGCAACCGCCAACCGCCAGCACCGCCCCGCCAUCAACAAGCUGCGCAUGCUGCCCGAGAUGCUAAACACGCUCAGGAAGAAGCACCUACAGCGCGAGUUUCUAGACCGCGGCGUGUUCUCGUACCUCAAGAACUGGCUGGAGCCGCUGCCUGACCUGUCGCUGCCCAACAUCAAGAUCCGCACCAGCAUCCUCGAACUCGUUAAAGAGUUACCAAUAGACGUGGGAGGCAGCCCGGAAAGGCGGAGACAGCUCAAGGAGAGCGGGUUGGGCCGGGUGGUGAUGUUUCUGUCCAAGCUGCCAGAAGAGACGGUGCAGAACAGAAAGCUCGCGAGGGACCUGGUCGACAUGUGGUCGCGGCCCAUAUUUGAGAAGAGCACACACUACCGUGACUUGAGGGACGACUAUGACCGACCCACACGCCCUCCACCUUCACAGAGGGAAGAUGCGUCAGCGCAUGUGUCGUCGCACUCGCGGCCUGACGACCUAGAUCUAGACAACGCCGGGGAGGCGAGGGGGGAGGCGGAGGAGGGGCCGGGGAAGAAGCGGGUGAUGACGCGCGUGCCACAGCCCAUGGCCAUGGACUUCCGAGUGCGCCCCGAGUCCAAGGUCACCGAGGAGAUGCUGGCUCGGCGCGGCCAAAAGGACGCCAGACACCAGAGCGUGACCAAGAAGCUCCAGAAGCUGAGGCAGAGCAAGAACAAGAACCUGCGUGCGGAGAAAACCAAGGCGACGAAGGCGAAGGAAGGCAAGACGGCGUCGACAAAGAGCGGCAGCAGCAGCAGCAGCAGCGGCGGCGGCGGCGGCGGCGGCGGAAAGGUUAUCAAGGCCAAGGGGAAAACGGGCGCGCAAAGCGUGGAGGACGAGUCGACCUGCGACUUCGGGGAGGGAAGGUGGGUGAUAUCCCCGAACAAGGCCCUGUACUCGGGUAGAACGUGCCCCUUUAUUCGCUCCAACGAGAACUGCCAGAAGAACGGGCGGAGGGACACGGGGUACCUCAACUGGCGCUGGCAGCCUCGCGGAUGCGACGUUAAUCGCCUGGACCCCGCGGCGUUUCUUUCCCGGUACCGCAACAAGGUGUUCGCGAUAGCGGGCGACUCGUUUUCGUCCAACUUCGGCAACGCCAUUCGCUGCUCGCUGCACUCCUAUUCGCCAACGGUGGACUUUUCGGGCGAGUUCGGCGGCACGGACGUGAAGGGGUACCGCGUCGCGCAGUAUAACUUCACCUUCCUGCACAUCUCGUCCGUCUACUUGGUUGACGCCGAGCCCAUUGGCGCAGCCAAGAGCUCGGGCGCGUGGAAGGUGUACCUGGAUACGCCACGGGAUAAAUGGGGUGACGUCCUGAAUUACCUUGACGUCUUCAUCUUCAGCGCCGGCCACUGGUUCGUUAACGCACCGUCCAGUCUACGCCAAUACUACAUAAAGGGCGUGCAGCAGACGGGGAUAACGGGCUUUAAAGCCAUGGAGAUCGCGCACGCGACGGUUCGCGACCACAUAAUCCGGUCCCGCUACAAGGGUAUCCCCGUUAUGCUCUCCUUCUCGCCUUUCCAUGACGAGGAGGCUUAUGGCGGGCCGGACUCGGGUCGCAACUGCAAGGGCGCGAAAAUGCCGUUUACUGCUGCGGAAUUGGCGAAUGCGGAGAAGUAUGGUGAUGCUUCGGAGGCGGUAGAUGUGCAGUUGAAGGUGUUUGAGGGCGUGACGGUGGGGACGACUAAGGGGGUUGAGGGGGGAGACGGUGAGGAGGAGGAGGCUGCGGUUCAUAGCACGGCCAGGAGCUUAAUGACUAGCAGCAGCAAGAGCUCCUCUGCUAACAAGAGCUCCUCCUCUUCCAGCAAGGGUUCUUCUAGCAAGGGUUCCUCCUCCUCCUCUUCGUCCAAAGCCCCCUCGGGCAAAACGAGCACAGCCAAGCCACAGGAAGCAGACGAUGGCGACGCCGACACACCCUCGUCACCCUCCUCAGGCAGCGGCGGCAGCAGCAGCAGCAGCAGCAGCAGCAGCAGCAGCAGCAGCAGCGGCGGCAGCGUGCAGUUUCGGAUGCUUGACAUCACGCACCUGUCGCUCAUGCGGCCGGAUGGGCACCUGCAGAACUACACGGGCGGGCCCAGCACUGAUUGCUCCCACUGGUGCAACCCAGGGAUUCCUGACACCUGGGCUGAUAUCCUCUACUCCAUGCUGCUGCUGUGA